ACGUGCAGAGGCAGUGGCUCAGACCCACCCCAGGAGCUGCUCCGAACUCCAGCUGCAGAAUGAAAAUGAGUCUGAUGUUUCUAGCAAGAUUGCGAAGGGGAGCCUCUGUUCAGUGAUGCAUUCUGAGGUGCAGUUACCUGAGCAGGAACCCUGAAUUAUGCAUCUCCCAGGGAUAACAGUCAUAGCAGAAGAGAAUGCUGGGACCCUUGGCAGGAUUCAUGCCUGAGAAAGGACAAUGUCUCACUAUCAUUUUAUCAAGUGCUGUUGCUACCAGCUAUGUAACGUUUUUCGAUCCCAUGAGAUGGAAAUUGACCAGUGCUUGCUGGAGUCCCUUCCCCUGGGCCAGCGGCAGCGUCUGGUGAAGCGCAUGCGCUCUGAGCAAGUCAAAGCCUACUAUGAGCGAGAGAAAGUGUUCCAAAAGCAGGAAGGGAAGAGAACCAAGCCUGGGAAGAGCCAGAGGGUCCACUUCAGCCUUGCUGACAGGAUUCAGGAUGCCAUCAUCAACCACCAUGACAAAGAGGUGCUCCGACUGUUGAAAGAGGGGGCGGACCCACACACUCUCGUUUCCUCAGGAGGGUCCUUACUCCACCUGUGUGCUCGAUAUGACAAUGUUUUCAUUACGGAAGUCCUCAUUGACAGGGGUGUCAAUGUCAACCACCAGGAUGAGGACUUCUGGACACCAAUGCACAUUGCCUGUGCCUGUGACAACCCUGAUAUUGUCCUGUUGCUUGUAUUAGCUGGAGCCAACGUCCUUCUGCAAGAUGUGAAUGGAAAUAUCCCAUUAGAUUAUGCUGUAGAAGGGACAGAAUCUAGCGCUAUCCUGCUGGCCUACUUGGAUGAAAACGGGGUGGACCUCAACUCGCUACGUCAGAUAAAGCUCCAACGACCCAUGAGCAUGCUAACAGAUAUCAGGCACUUCUUAUCUUCAGGAGGAGAUGUCAAUGAGAAAAAUGAUGAUGGAGUGACACUGCUACACAUGGCGUGCGCAAGUGGCUACAAGGAGGUGGUGGUACUUAUCUUGGAGCAUGGUGGGGACCUCAAUCAGGUGGAUGAUGGGUACUGGACACCUCUGCAUUUGGCAGCCAAGUAUGGCCAGACAACCCUGGUGAAACUCCUUCUGUCACAUCAGGCAAACCCCCACCUUGUGAACUGCAAUGGGGAGAAGCCAUCAGAUGUAGCUGCCUCUGAGUUUAUCGAGGAAAUGCUUCUGAAAGCUGAGAUUGCCUGGGAAGAAAAGAUGAAAGAAUCAACAUCUGUCUCCAGCUUAGUACAGGAAGAGCUGUAUGAUGAGAUCCUUCAUGACCUCCCACAUCUUUCCAGUAAGCUCAGUCCCCUGGUGCUACCAAUUGCCAAGCAAGACAGUUUACUGGAAAAAGACAUUAUGUUCAAAGACACAACAAAGGGUCUGUGCAAGCAGGAGUCUCAGGAUGGGCUCCCAGAGGCCAGCACAGUGAGCAGCUGCAGCAAGCAAGAGCAGGUCCAGCUCAUGCCUCCUGCUCCCAGUGAUGACCUAGCCACACUCAGUGAGCUUAAUGACAGCAGCCUGCUGUAUGAAAUCCAGAAGCGCUUCGGAAACGACCAGAUACACACCUUUAUUGGGGACAUCUUCUUGCUUGUUAACCCAUUCAAAGAACUCCCAAUUUACUCCACUAUGGUGUCCCAGCUGUACUUAAGCCCCACAGGCCAGCGCAGCCCCUCACUCCCGCCCCAUCUCUUCUCCUGUGCAGAGCGGGCCUUCCACAGGCUGUUCCAGGAGCGAAGGCCACAGAACAUCAUCAUCAGUGGAGAAAGAGGGUCAGGAAAGACACAGGCCAGCAAGCAGAUCAUGAGGCACCUGACGGGCAGAGCCAGCUCCAGCCGAACCAUGUUUGACUCCAGGUUCAAGCAUGCCAUGUGCAUCUUGGAAGCCUUUGGACAUGCCAAAACCACACUCAACAAUGUAUCCAGCUGCCUCAUACAAUAUUGGGAACUGCAGUUCUGUGAGAGGAGAAAACAUGUAACUGGAGCCAAAAUUUCCACUUAUAUGCUGGAGAAGUCCAGGCUUGUGGCGCAGCCUCCUGGCCAGGGCAGCUUUCUGAUUUUCUCCUGGUUGAUGGAUGGGUUAUCCACUGAAGAAAAAUGCGGACUUCACCUUAGUAACGUCUGUGCACACCGGUAUAUGAACCAAGGCAUGCAGGAAGAGGUGUCCACAGCAGAGCGCUCUCUGAACAAGGAGAGACUUGCAGUUCUGAAACAUGCUCUGAAUGUAGUUGGCUUCAGCAGCUGGGAGGUGGAGAACCUGUUUGUUAUCCUAGCGGCGAUAUUGCACCUUGGAGACAUCCAGUUCACAGCGCUGACCGAAGCUGACUCGGCCUUUGUCUCUGACCUCCACCUUCUGGAACAAGUGGCAGGCAUGCUCCAAGUAUCGACAGAUGAGCUGGCAUCCGCCUUAACAACCGAUAUUCAGUAUCUUAAAGGAGAUGUGAUAAUACGUCGGCAUACCACACAGAUUGCUGCGUUUUACCGUGAUCUCCUGGCCAAAUCUCUGUAUAGUCGUUUGUUUGGUUUUCUGAUAAACACCAUCAACUGCUGUCUUCAGAAUCAAGAUGAAUAUAGAAGCCCACAGACAUUGGACAUUGGAAUACUGGACAUUUUUGGUUUUGAGGAAUUUCAAAAGAAUGAAUUUGAGCAGCUCUGUGUCAACCUGACCAACGAGAAGAUGCACCACUAUAUCCAAGAAGUGCUUUUCCUACAAGAGCAAGCAGAGUGUGUACAAGAAGGAGUUGCCAUGGAAACUGCCUAUUCUCCUGGUAACCAGACUGGAGUUUUGGAUUUCUUCUUCCAGAAACCAUCAGGAUUCUUCUCCCUAUUGGAUGAGGAGAGCCAAGUGAUUUGGUCAGUGGAGCCAAACCUGCCCAGAAAGCUACAGAGUCUCCUGGAAUCAUCAAAUACAAACACAGUGUAUUCCCCUAUAAAGGAUGGCAAUGGGAAUGUCGCUUUCAAAGGCCAAGGCCCAGCCUUCACUGUCAUGCACUACGCAGGAAGGGUAAUGUAUGAAAUUGGUGGAGCAGUUGAAAGAAACAAAGACUCCCUUUCACAGAACCUCCUGUUUGUAAUGAAAACAAGUGAAAAUGUUGUGAUCAGUCAUUUGUUCCAGUCAAAACUGUCACAAACAGGAUCGCUCAUAUCUUCCUACCCAUCAUUUAAAUUCCGAGGACACAAAUCCACCACACUCAGUAAGAGAACUGCCUCUUCGAUGAUUGGAACAAACAAGAAUUACCUAGAACUUAGCAAGCUAUUAAAAAAGAAGGGAUCUUCAACUUUCCUACAAAGACUGGAACGCGGAGACUCUGUCACCACUGCAUCACAACUCACGAAAUCUCUGGCUGACAUCACUGGGAAGCUGCAGAGGGGCAGUCCACACUUCAUCCACUGCAUCAAGCCCAAUACCUCACAGCUGCCUGGUGUGUUUGACCACUUCUAUGUGUCUGCCCAGCUGCAGUACCUCGGUGUGCUGGGGCUGGUGAAACUGUUCCGCUAUGGGUACCCAGUGCGCCCUUCCUUCGAGGACUUCCUGUACAGAUACGAGCCACUGGCUUCUGUUCUUCUGGGCGAGAAGAAGGGUCAGUCUGCUGAGGAGAGAUGUCGGCUUGUUCUCCAGCGCUGUAAAUUGCAAGGCUGUCAGGUGGGAUUCCACAAAGUGUUCCUGAAGUACUGGCACGUCGACCAACUCAAUGACCUGUGGCUCCAGGUACAGAGGAAGAUCAUAACUUGCCAGAGAGUUAUACGAGGGUUUCUGGCACGCCAACACUUACUUCAGAGAAUGAACAGCAAGCAGCAAGAGGUCUCGUCCAUCAAGACCUUCUUACAGAGCACAGAGGACAUGGCCCUGAAAACCUACGAUGCCCUGGUCAUCCAGAAUGCUUCUGACAUCGCCAGGGAACACGACAGGGUCCGGAAGGAGGUCCAUGCUUCCUACCAUAAGAGCAAGCAAGAGGAAGGAAGCAAGAGAGCUGAAGACCAUGGAGGAUCUCGGCAUGUCCACUCCAACUCCGUGCCAGUCUCCAUGGCAGGGGACAGCCUAGCCCAGGCUCUUGCUGGACCAUCCAUCCGGUCACCAUCACUGCACUCUGUAUUCAGCAUGGAUGACACCACUGGCCUCCCAUCACCACGGAAACAGCCUCCACCCAAGCCAAAGAGGGACCCCAAUACGAGACUGAGUGCUUCCUAUGAGGCUGUGAGCGCUUGCCUUUCAGCCGCCAAGGAUGCAGCCAGUGAAGCCCUGACACGACCUAGACCUCACAGUGAUGAUUACAGCACCAUGAAGAAGAUCCCUCCUCGAAAGCCAAAGAGAAGUCCCCACACGAAGCUCAGUGGCUCCUAUGAGGAGAUCUGGGGACCACGGCCUCCUGGUGUGAUGGGCCAUGUGGGCAGGCAUCAGGCUCCAGGGACACUGAGUGUGCAGUGGGCCAGGCCUGACUCAGUACCACAAUGUACACCGCAGCUUCCUCUGCACCUGCCAUUGCCACAGGGGGACUAUGAUGAUGAUGGUGCUGAGCCUGUGUAUAUUGAGAUGGUGGGCAACGCAGCCAGGGCAGGAGGCUCUGAGACUAACAGCCCAGACCAGGGCGAGUCUGUGUAUGAGGAGAUGAAGUAUGUCUUGCCUGAGGAAGGCUGUGGCUCAGGGAUGCUCACCUUCCUGCCUGCCUCACCUCCUCUGCUUUUGGAGACUCGAAAAGCCAUCAUCUUAGAGUCUAGUGAGGGGACCUGCCAGCCCUUGAAGGACACAUGUGACAUUCCUCCACCCUUUCCAAAUCUGCUUCCCCACAGGCCACCACUCCUGGUCUUUCCUCCCACCCCAGUGACCUGCUCCCCAGCUUCUGAUGAGUCACCACUGACACCCUUGGAGGUGAAGAAACUGCCUGUCUUGGAGACCAAUCUCAAGUACCCGGUGCAAUCUGAAGGCUCCAGCCCCUUGUCCCCACAGUAUUCAAAAGCCCAGAAGGGGGACAGUGACCAGCUGGCAUCCCCUGGUUUUGCUGUAUUUAAUGGGUCCAGUAGAGUCUCACCACCUUCCACACCACCGCCACCCCCAGGGCCACCUCCUGCACCCUGUGGACCAGCCCCUGUGCCCCCUGCACCCUGCCGGCCACCCACACACUUCGCCUUCCCACCAGAUUCUGUCUUGAUUACCACAGCGAAAGCGCCGCCUAACUCUGACCUGCCCAGGACACAGCCCAAGCCCAGUUCAGCCCCAGUGCUGGGUCCUUGCAGCUCUUUCACCAAGGCCCCAUACUCACCUGGAAGGACAGCCCGAGCAGACCUCAGGAAGGCCUCAUCCACCUUCUCCCCACCGAGCCCUUACAGCCCACCCAACAGCAGGCCACUGUCCAGCCCCCUGGAUGAGCUGGCUAGCCUCUUCAACUCGGGAAGGAGUGUGCUGCGCAGGUCCGCAGCAGGACGCAGGAUCAGGGAGGCCGAAGGUUUUGAAACUAACAUGAACCUGACUAGCCGGGAUGAACCCAGUUCAUCAGAAAUGACUUCAGAGACUCAAGACAGAAAUGCAAAUAAUCAUGGGAUUCAACUGUCCAGCUCUCUGUCUACUGCUGUCGUCACAGCUGAAAAUGGAAAUUCUGUCACAAACGGUUUACCUGAGGAUGAUGGUUGCUCAAGGCUCUGUCUGAGUGGUACAGGGACCUCAUCAUUUCAGAGACAUCGGGAGAGUCACACCACCCAGGUUAUCCAUCAGCUGAGACUCUCUGAGAAUGAAAGUGUGGCUCUGCAGGAGCUGCUGGACUGGAGAAGGAAGCUGUGCGAGGCCAGAGAAGGCUGGCAGGAUGCCCUGCAGCACCCAGAGCCCCGUGUACCUCCACCACCACCAUGCAAGAAGCCUACACUCCUAAAGAAGCCUGAGGGGGGCUCCUGUACCAGGCUGCCUUCCCAACUCUGGGACAGCAGUAUCUGACAUGAUUAGACUGUGGGCAUGUGACUGAGCUGUCCAGUGACUGCAGGCACAGGGCAAGAGGCUGCCUUCUGAUGCCUGAGUCUCCUCUCCAGGCAGCUCCACAAAAGCACAGGACACUAAUGAUAACUACCCAAGACCUCGUGUGUGUGUGUGUGUGUGUGUGUGUGUGUGUGUGUGUGUGUGUGUGUGUGUGUGUGCGCGCGCGCGCGCGCGC